GAUACUCCACCAUAUUGUGAUGGAAGGUGUCCUUCUUAUCCUAAAACAAUGUCUUGGAAAGAGGAUGAAGAUUGCUGCUCUUGGGAUGGUGUCACUUGUGAUUCUUUAACAGGUCAUGUGAUUGGUCUCGAUCUUAGUUGUGGCUGGCUUCAAGGAAAUAUCCCUUCCAAUAGUAGCCUUUUUCUUCUCAAUCAUUUGCAAAAGCUGAACUUAGCUUACAAUGAUUUCAAUCUCUCUCAAAUUCCUCCUGAUUUUAAUCGAUUCACUAGUUUGACACACCUUAACCUUUCCCACUCAAACUUUUCUGGUCAAAUUCCAUCUGAAAUCACCCACUUAUCUAAAUUGGUCAAGCUUGAUCUUUCUAAAAAUUCCCUUGAAACAGCUACUGUAAAGGGGUUAGUUCAAAAUUUGACCGAUUUAACGGAACUUCUUCUUGAUCGUGUAAAUAUGUCUACUGUUGUACCAAGUUCCUUCAUGAAUCUAUCUUCUUCUCUGUCUUCUUUGAGUCUCUUGUAUUGUAAAUUGCAAGGGAACUUUCCAGAUAACAUCUUUCUCCUACCCAACUUAAAAAUCCUGAAUUUAGCAUAUAAUUACAACUUGACAGGUAUUUUGCCAAAGGUUAACUGGAGUAGCCCUCUCAGGUAUUUGGAUGUCUCUGAAAUGACUUUGCCUGGAGAAUUACCUAAUUCCAUCGGCAAUCUCGUGCACUUGACGCAUUUGGAUUUCUCUGGUUGCAGUCUUAAUGGGUCAGUUCCUAUUUCACUUGGAAACCUUACAAAACUCAAUUAUUUGAGGCUCUCAGUUAAUAAUUUUGCAGGUCAAAUUCCUUCAUUUCUUUCCAAUUUUGAUCAGCUUCAUACAUUAGAUCUUGGAGGCAAUAACUUCAUCGGUGGAUUUCCAGAAUUUUUUGUCAACUUAACUCAACUUUCUGUUUUAAGCUUACGGUCUAAUCAACUAGCUGGUCCAAUCCCUUCUCACGUAAGUCCCCGUGGAAUUCUAGUUUAUAUUAGUUUAUAUAAUAACUCUUUCAAUGGGUCCCUACCAUCUUGGCUAUUCACUCUACCUUUAUUACAGUAUGUAGACCUCACUUAUAACCAAUUAACUGGCACUAUAGAUGAAUUUCAAAGUAAAUCUUUGAAAUUUAUUUAUUUAGAUAAUACUCCCUCCGUUUUCUUUUAA